GUGAGCCUGCGACAGAAAAACAAGCGAGGAUAGAUCGGGCUGUACGUGGUUACAGCAUGAUUUAAAAGAAAGGGGAAAAAAGACAGGGAGGCACAAGGAUAAUGUGGAUUUAAUUUCUUUUUCUUUUUGUCGCUUUUACGCGGGCUUUAUAACUCACUGUUCAGUAGACAGGUUUUCAUUUUGGCGUGUUGAGUGUGUCGCCGUUUGCCCAUUCUCACUGGAGUGAACACUAAGGGGGACUCCAUGAAAGAUGACAGAGGAGGUGAUUGUUGUAGCCAAGUGGGACUACACGGCCCAGCAGGACCAGGAACUUGACAUCCGUAAAAACGAGCGUCUCUUCCUUUUGGACGACUCAAAGACCUGGUGGCGCGUUCGCAACGCCGCCAACCAAACGGGGUAUGUGCCCUCGAACUACGUUGAACGCAAGAACAGCCUGAAGAAAGGCUCGCUGGUGAAGAACAUCAAAGACACACUGGGUUUGGGAAAAACUAAGAGGAAGACAAGCGCCCGUGAUGCUUCCCCAACGCCAAGCUCAGACACAGAGUAUCCCUCCAAUGGCAGCGGGAGCGGGGGAGGAGGAGCUGCUGAGAGAAUCUACGACCUCAAUAUCCCCGCCGUGGUCAAGUUUGCUUACACAGCAGAGAGGGAUGACGAGCUGACCCUGGUCAAGGGUUCCAGGGUCAUCGUGAUGGAGAAGUGUAGUGACGGCUGGUGGCGGGGCAGCCAGACGGGCCGUGUGGGCUGGUUUCCCUCCAAUUACGUCCAGGAGGAGCUCGGGGGAGCAGAUGACAGAGGAGAGGGAGACUCCUCACGGGUCUACCACGGAGGCUCUCAAGGGACUUUGUUGGCUAACGGGCGUGCAGGCGGCCGCGGUGGAGUGCUACACCUGGUUCAAACUCUCUACCCCUUCAGCUCUGUAACAGAGGAGGAGCUGAACUUUGAGAAGGGAGAGGUCAUGGAGGUGGUGGAGAAGCCUGAGAAUGACCCAGAGUGGUGGAGGUGUAAAAACUCACGUGGCAUUGUGGGCCUGGUACCUAAAAACUAUGUGAUGGUGCUGGACGAGCGGCCUGGCCUGCCCUCCUCUACGUCGAGCUCCCCACAGAACCGCUUCGUGGCGCCGGCACGCUCAGGGAAGUUCGCUGGGAGGGACUGGUACUACGGCAACAUCACCAGACACCAGGCCGAGUGUAUACUCAACGAGAGAGGAGAGGAGGGCGACUUCCUCAUACGAGACAGCGAGUCGUCGCCCAGUGAUUUCUCUGUGUCUCUGAAGGCAGUGGGUAAGAAUAAGCACUUUAAAGUGCAGUUGUCAGAUGGAGUCUACUGUAUCGGCCAGCGCAGGUUCAACUCCAUGGAUGAACUAGUGGAGCACUACAAGAAAGCCCCCAUCUUUACCAGCGAACAUGGAGAGAAGCUGUACCUGGUCAAAGCGCUGCUGUGAUUCACACAUCCUCACACCUACACUGGAUCUCUCUCACACACACAAAAACACACUCUCUCAUACACACUAAACACACAAUACUAACGCCACUCCCUAACUGUCUUAACGCAAGCCUUAGCUCUGAACCUUCUCGCUGUGGCGUCUGUACCGCAUCCAGAUCCUCAGUCACUCCUCUAAGUUUUCUCUGUCGCCGUCUGCUGGUGACCAGGUGAAACUCUUUCUAGCUCUGCAGCCGAGCAGUUAGCCCCAAGACUGUGCUCUGUGACAGUGCAUACCCAGCCACAUCCUUCGUAUGCAGCACAGUGCAUAAUAAGCCUCUCUAUUCUGGAUGUGCUAACGUGCAGUGACCUCACCUGCUGCUAACAGAACGCCUGAGGCCUUGUUGGGGGUUGCGCUCUCCUUCUGAUGUCAUACAUAAUGCCCAUUUACUACCACGCACAUUGUAGGUUACACCAUUGCUCUUAAUCCACACAGAGAGACAAGACAUUUAACAGUUUGAAGAGGACGCAAACCUCUGAGGGACCUGACUCUGCCGUUGUCCUGUCAAAUUGCUGGCCAUCGUUUUAUUUUGUUAAUUUGUUGUUGUUGUUGUUGUUUUGUUUUUUAAAGUGCUUGUUCCUGAGUUAAAGUUUUUUUUUCCAGAAGCUAAUUUAAAUUCCUCUCUGGAGGUUUGAAUCAUUGCUCUUUCAUACAGUGACUUCACAAAGUGACCAGAAUCACUCUCUUGCCUUUUUCUCCUAUUUUUUUCACCAUUCCUCUACAUGAUUUCUCUUCCCCAUUUGAAUUUGUGUCUUCUGUUACUUUUUCCUCCUCGUUUCUGUCUCCACAGACCAUUAUUAGUGAUGUUAAAUGUGUUGAAAAUGUGGAUACAGUACUUCCUGUAAUACUUCUUAAAGGCAGCGGGAGGAAACGUUAAUGCAAUAGGGGAGAAAUCUGAAUUCCUGUAGAGUCUGAAUGUUUAUCAAUGUAACCAAAUGUGCCACCCUGUACCCAUACUACUGGCUCCAGGUCUGCACUGCACUCACCAUACUUGGCAUUCAUUCAUAGCUCUAUGCUCAUGCUUUAUAUUGUGUCACAUUGUUCUCCAGUAUGUGUCUGUAGCUACAUGAGGAUACUGACUGAAGAAUAAUAAAAACCUCUUGGGUAACACAUUUGAGUAAAUACACUUUAUCUGCUCCAGCUCCUGUGAAUAAAUGCAGUUAGAAAAAGUACUUCUCCUGAUGUGGUAUUUGUCAAAGGUGAUUAUAUCUUGUGACUACAGAAAAUUUUGCAGAAAAAGCCAUCUACACAAAAAAGUUCUAUACAAUUUAGCGAUUGACUUCAGACCCCAGAAGUAAACCAACUAGGAAGGGGCAGCCCUAAGCUCUACAUUUAUGAAUCACACAUGAUUUGGAGGUAUUUUCUAGUUAAUGAAGCAAGUCCAGCAACAGCUACUGACCAUUCGUUAAAGCCCUCUUCCAAACAGCGAUUGUCCAAAUGUAGCUGGGCACGUAACUGAGCACGGCAGGAUUGUAUUAAGAGCGAUACAAGGCAUUUAAACCUAAAGAAUUUGGAAGGAAUGUAUCUUGCCUUUACAAGACCAAGAACCUAGAAAUGAGAAGCCUUCUUUUGUCUACAUCUGUCUGAAAUCAAGGAUCCAUUGUUUCAAAAAUUACUAGAGAUUUCUAGCAGCAAAUGUGUCGCAGUUCCCAAUUUCCACAGUUAUCUUACAGGCGUAGCAACAGUCAGUGAGGGUUGGUGGGACUUAACGAAUGGUCAGUUUUUAAUAACACUCAUCUUUCACUGUCAAGAAACCAAAUAUACUGUCAUCUGGUUUGUAAUGAAAAUACUUCUAGUCCUACCAAACAUUUUCUGUUUCCUUUGCUAUGUGCAUUUGUUUACCAAUGGAAGUGUUGAUCAUGGGGUCCUCAGCUUUUAUAUGAUAUAUCUGAAUGUUAUUGAGCAUUGUUAUUUAAUUCUUGUCUCCACUGUAUGUAUAUAUUCAAAAUAAGAUGAGGUGCAUAUAUGAAUCGUUAAGAUCCAACUAUGGUACUGUAUCACCGACAACGUGAUGAGAAUUGAAAUACUUUUGUUCAAUAAAAAUUU